CUACCCCCUGACUUUCCCACUACAAAGCCCUUUCCCAUUGGCUAUAAAAUACUCUGCUUGCCUGGACUAUCUUUCCACCUAGCAGCUGUCUGGAAUGAGUUAGUUUCAAGGAGAGCUGGCCACUUAUUGUUUUGUUUUGUUAUGUUUUAUGGCUAUAGAAAAUAAUCCCAGGGAAAUACAUCAGGCUAUCUCUGCCACAAAGGUUCAUUGCCAAAUGAAGAAACGCAGUGGUAGAAAGCAAUGCUAAUACUCUGUUAUCUUUUUCUGACAUUAAUGGAAAGAGCAGAAGCCAGAGGUUUUAGAGAAUGUCUUCGCAAACAACCUGAUGUGAAGUACCGGGCCAUUAGUGGCCAGGCAUUUGUUGUGUCAUGUGACGUACCACCAGAGAACUCUGCCUCAAUUUUUAACUUUUCUCGUCUUCAUGAAAGCCAGCUUCAGUGGAUCUGGCGAUCAAGAGAUGGGGGAGACCCAGUGCUUGUCAGAAAAGAAACCACCAACCCCAGACUGCAGGGAAAUGCCCUUUGGUUUAAUCCAAUAACAGUUCAACAUUCUGGAACAUAUGUCUGCAAGAAUAGGAAAAGCAAGUGUGCCAGUAUUUUCAUAGAUGUUCAAACAAGGAAGAUGGCCAAUUGUUCAGGUAGUAGCGUGAGUAACUUGAACCUACUUGUUCUCAGAAAAGGAUCUAUUCCUUGUCCAGGAAAAAGCUGUUACAGUGAUUUUCAGCCGUCAGAAGUUAACUGGUACAAGAAUGGAUUAAAAGUGAGACUUCAAAAGGAUAAAAGACCACACCUGAGAUUUGAGGAUGAUAGUAUAGUAUUAUAUCAUGUCUACGAUGCAGAUAAUGGUACUUAUGUAUGUGAUUAUACACUGACUGACAACAAUACCCAGUGGACAAUGAGAACAGUAGUAAACGUAACUAUCAUUGCACAAGACACUCUCAAUCGCCCAGAGGUUCUGGAUCCCAGUGGUGUGAGAAUCCUUGAAGUAGAACUUGGGCAACCGCUUGAGCUCAAAUGCCGAGCGCAGUUUGGUUUUGAACUAAAUGCUUCCUCUUUGAUUCAGUGGUACAGAGAAACCGGUGAAAGGAAGCAACUGCUAAAGCAAAAAUGGGUCAAUCCAAAGGAACUAGAGGGCAGCUGCUUUGAUCUUGCUUUCAACCUGACCAAUUUAACUGAAGAGGAUUUAAGCAGCCAAUUCGUCUGCCUGGCUCAAAACUCCAUUGGGAACACCACGGGGGUGUUCAGAUUUAAGAAGAGAACAGAAAGAGCUCUUCACUUCCUGCUCACUUUGUGCUGUUCCAUGACAACUGUAUUCCUAAUCUUUUUGGGAAGUAUGGUGGUUUACCGGCACUGGAUUGAAAUAGUGCUGUUAUAUCGGAAUUAUGUGGCCAAAGAUGAAACUGUCAGCAAUGGCAAGGAAUUUGAUGCAUUUGUGUCCUGUGCAAAACCAGAUCUCCCUGAAGCAUAUCACACGCUACUCGAUGAGGAAACGUUUGCCUUGGAGAUUCUCCCUCAAGUUUUAGAAAACAAAUAUGAAUAUAAGCUAUGCCUCACUGAACGGGACAUCCUUCCAGGAGGAGCAUACACCGAUGACAUUGUAAACGCUAUCAAGAAGAGCAGACGGGCAAUUGUGGUGUUAAGCCCAAGCUAUGUCAACGGCCCGGCCCUCUUUGAGCUCGAAACAGCCGUCAACACUGUGCUGGAAGACAAGGCAAUAAAACUCAUCCUAAUUCAGUUCAAGUCUUUCCAGCAGCCACAGUCGUUACCUCACAAUGUGAAGAUAGCUCUCAGGGUUUUGCCCAGGGUUACCUGGAAAACAUCUACCUCUCCCACUGUGGAUAAGCAAUUCUGGAGGAAACUGCUGCGUCACAUGCCAGCGAAACAUCCCAAUGGAGCGGAAGACAAGUGGCGUCGGUUUCCCCCCCUUUGGUUAUUGGGCACGGAUAAGAAAAAUGCCACUGCAGGGAGGACAAAUUGGACAAAAAAAGAGGAAGAUUUGGGAAAGAACUUCCCUAAACUGAAGACUUGUCAGGAGAGGGGCUGUAGCUCAGUUUUAGAGAACAUGUAUCAAAUACAGAACCUUCCUAAGCCUUAAAAGGACGUUGGGCUGUGGAGCUGAGAGAAACCUUGACCUGAAACCACAGAGAGCCAUUGGCGGUUUGAACAGACUUUGUGGCCCAAUGGUCAAACAUCAUAUGUUAAAGUGUGGUUGUCAUUCACUCAUAAAUGGAAAUAUCCUUAUAGAAGUCAGUAUUUUGUAGUAGUAAAAGGUGCUGAGUGCAGUUGAGCUAUGCCAUGCUUUCAUAACACAACUAUUUAUUGAUAAUUAUUACAUGCAUCGGGGGUAAUGCCCACCUGCUGGAAUAAACUUUGGACAAAUAAGUGUUUUUGUACCGUCUCCGUUACUGGAAUGAGAUUGUGGUUCCCAACUUACAGGCUGUGUUCAACUUACUCCCUAAUAAAAGUGUAUUCAUUGGUAAGUCUCAAUGGCAGAAAUGUGACUUCAGUAGUUUCAAGAUAGUGGUUUGUAUAAUCUCCAGUUAUAUCCGUGCUUAG